AAUCUCUCUUUUCCUCUGUUCUGUUUUCUCUGUUUUCAACUUCCCAAAAAACCACCUAAAAACACACACACAAACAAACACACAUUUCUCUCAUUCAACCCGACCCGAACCAAAUAUGAGAACCCAUAUGGGGUUCAAGUUCUUACUCACAGUCUUCAUCAUAUUUUCAUCAAUCUUUAUCAAUAUCAACUCACAGUCAGAAAAUAGUGAUGUUGAAGUUAUGUUAUCACUCAAGAAAUCACUUAACCCACCACCAAAUCUCAAAUGGGCCGACCCAAACCCAUGCAAAUGGGACCAUGUAGUGUGUUCAGAUGAAAACAGAGUGACCCGGAUUCAAAUCGGGCAUUUUAACCUUCAAGGUAGUCUGCCUUCAACCCUGUCAAACUUGACCCAACUUGAACGGUUGGAGCUCCAAUGGAACAGCAUUUCUGGCCCAUUACCUUCUUUAUCUGGGCUAUCUUCUUUACAAGUUUUAAUGCUUAGUAAUAAUAUGUUUAAUUCAAUUCCUAGUGAUUUUUUUACUGAUAUGUCAUCUUUACAAUCUUUAGAGAUAGACAAUAACCCAUUUGAGAAAUGGGUCAUACCAGAUAGUUUAAAAGAUGCUUCAACACUUCAGAAUUUCUCUGCUGUUAAUGUUAACUUAACGGGCCAAAUACCCGAUUUUUUCGGGCCAGAUGAUUUUCCGGGUUUGGUUAAUUUGCAUUUAGCCUUAAAUGAUUUGAAUGGUACUUUGCCUUUAAGUUUAUCUGGGUCACAAAUUGAAUCUUUAUGGGUUAAUGGGCAAAAACUUAGUGGUAAGAUUGAUGUUUUACAAAACAUGACAUCCUUGAAAGAAGUUUGGUUACAUUCGAAUUCGUUUUCGGGCCCAUUGCCAGAUUUUUCGGGUUUGAAAGAGUUAGAGGUGUUGAGUGUUAGAGAUAAUUCAUUUACUGGCCCUGUUCCUGAUUCUUUAGUGAACCUUGAAUCAUUAAAGUCUGUUAAUUUGACUAAUAAUAUGUUUCAAGGACCUAUGCCUAAGUUUAAGGAUUCGGUUUCGGUUGAUAUGGCCAAAGAUAGUAAUAACUUUUGUUUGCCUGAGCCUGGGGAGUGUGAUGGUCGGGUUAAUACGCUGUUAGAGAUCGCUAAAUCGAUGGAUUAUUCGCCUAAGUUUGCUAAUAGUUGGAAAGGGAAUGAUCCAUGUGCUGAUUGGUUUGGGAUCACUUGUAACAAUGGAAAUAUUACCAUUGUUACUUUUGAAAAGAUGCAGCUCAAGGGCACGAUUUCACCUGCAUUUGCGUCUUUGAAAUCGCUUCAAAGAAUUGUUCUUGCUGACAAUAAUCUUACGGGUACGAUUCCUGAAGAGCUUACUACUCUUCCUGCUCUUACUGCGUUGGAUCUUGAAAAUAAUAAUCUUUAUGGUAAAGUUCCGGCCUUUAGGAGUAAUUUGAAGGUCAACAUAGAUGGAAAUCCGGAUAUUGGAAAGGAAAAGAGUAGUUCUAGUGAUCCAAAUGCACCUGGGUCUUCUGGUUCGCCGAGUUCAAAUGGGGUCUCAUUAAAUGGUAAAAAGAAGUCAAAAAGUUGGAUUGGCGUUGUGUUAUUUUCGAUUCUUGGAGGUGUUAUGCUCGUGUUCUUGAUCGGCGUUCUAGCAUUUUGUCUAUACAAGAAGAAGCAAAAGAAGUUUAGUCAAGUCCAAAGCCCUCAUGCCAUAGUGAUUCACCCUCGUAACUCAGGUUCAGAUAACGAGAGUGUAAAGAUUACAGUUGCUGGUUCGAGUGUCAGCGUUGGUGCGCUUAGUGAAACCCAUACGAUCCACACAGCCGAAGGAGACAACAUUCAGAUGGUGGAGGCCGGAAACAUGGUCAUUUCAAUCCAAGUUCUGAAAACUGUCACCAACAAUUUUGCCCAAGAGAACAUAUUGGGGCAAGGAGGUUUCGGAACUGUCUACAAAGGUGAGUUACACGACGGAACCAAGAUUGCUGUUAAGCGAAUGGAAUGUGGUGUGAUUACCGGAAAAGGGUUAGCUGAGUUCACAUCAGAGAUUGCCGUUUUAACUAAAGUUAGGCAUAGAAACCUCGUGGCACUUCUUGGGUAUUGUCUUGAUGGGAACGAGAAGCUUCUUGUUUAUGAGUAUAUGCCUCAAGGAACAUUGAGCCGACAUCUGUUCAACUGGCCAGAAGAAGGUUUGAGCCCACUGGAAUGGACCAGGCGUCUAGCUAUUGCGUUGGAUGUGGCUCGAGGUGUUGAGUAUCUCCAUGGUUUAGCUCAUCAAAGUUUCAUUCAUAGAGACUUGAAACCUUCCAACAUUCUUCUUGGUGACGAUAUGCGGGCUAAAGUUGGAGACUUUGGCCUCGUUCGUCUUGCCCCUGAAGGAAAAGGCUCCGUCGAGACAAGAAUCGCAGGAACUUUUGGUUAUCUAGCCCCUGAAUAUGCAGUAACCGGACGAGUGACAACAAAAGUCGACGUAUUCAGCUUUGGGGUAAUACUAAUGGAACUGAUCACUGGUCGAAAAGCACUAGACGAGAGCCAGCCAGAGGAAAGUAUGCACCUAGUAACAUGGUUUAGAAGAAUCCACCUCAACAAAGACACAUUCCGCAAAUCAAUAGAUCAAACACUUGACUUAACCGAAGAAAACCUAGCCAGCAUUAGCAAGGCAGCUGAGCUUGCCGGUCACUGCUGUGCCCGAGAACCAUACCAAAGGCCGGACAUGAGUCACGCUGUCAACGUGCUCUCAUCUCUAGUAGAAAUGUGGAAACCUUCAGAUCAAAGUUCAGAUGAUAUAUAUGGCAUUGAUCUCGAUUUAUCUUUGCCACAAGCACUUAAGAAAUGGCAAGCGUUUGAAGGUGGAAGCCGUACAAUGGAUGAUGCUUCGUCGUCUUCAUUUCUUCCAAGUUUGGACAACACGCAAACGAGCAUCCCAAACCGGCCGUAUGGGUUCGCGGAGUCAUUUACGUCCUUGGAUGGGAGAUAAUGAGAAGAGUACAUUUGAAGUUCUAUAGUUUUGAUUUUUUGGGUGGUUAUAUUUUGUUUGAUUUGGUCUUUAGAGUGGUUGAAUCAUUUGAUGAAUCUUUUGUUGUAAAGUUUGUUAGUUUAAGAAAGAAAGUUGUGACUUUUUUUA